UAGGGUCUCUUACGUUGUAAUAAAUGCAAUUACAGUAUUAUAAUAAUUAAAAUAAGUAUAAUAAUAAUUAUAAUUGCAUUUAUUACAAGGCAAGAGGUCCCGAUUAAACCUCCGGUAACUAACGGGCUGUUAAUCGAGGCAUAAAGUACCGGCCCUAAAAUGUUUAAAAAAAGAAGAAGUAAAAUGUCUAAAACGUCGCAACCGCAACGUCAGAAAAAAGUGUAUUGUAUUCACUGUAUUUGUUUUUUGGGUGUAAAUUUAAAACUUAAUUACAUAAAUUAUAUUUAGAAACAUGGAAAUAAAACAAGAAACUAGUGAGAAAAGUUGUAAAAUAGAUAAUGAGUCAAGCGUUCAUCCUUUGGAUGCGUUCAAAAUUGAAAUUAAGGAAGAACCUAAGACAGAAGUUGCAUACGAGGCAUUUGAUUAUUUAGACUUAAAGGCAUUUCCUGUAAACACUAAAGUAGAACAAGAUGAAUGUAAAUUUACACCAUUUGAAUUUGAAGAAAAGCAAACAACAAAGGAAGAAAGUUGCGCACAGGGGAAAAUUAAAGUGGAAAUUAUGGAAACAUUACAUUCAUCUCAUAAAGGAAAAUAUACAGCUCAACAAGCUGAAGGAAAAAUAUUAAAUAAAAAUAUGAAAUUUGGAGCUGGACAAAGAUCUCACAAGUGUGAAAUUUGUUUUAAGCAGUUUAGUAAAACAUGUCAUUUGAAAACACAUUUGAGAGUUCACACUGGAGAAAAACCGUACAAGUGUGGUAUUUGUUUAAAGCAGUUUACCACUAGAAUGUGUUUAAAACAACAUUUGCCAACGCACGCUGUAGAAAGACCUCAUAAAUGUGAAAUUUGUUUUAAGCGGUUUUCGCGACAGAAUAUUUUGAACAAUCAUUUAAGAAUACAUACUGGAGAAAUACAGUACAAGUGUGACAUUUGUUUGAAGCAGUUUACGACUGGAAGGUAUUUAAAACAACAUUUGAUAAUGCACACUGGAGAAAAAUCUCACAAGUGUGAAAUUUGUUUUAAACAGUUAAUUACAGCAUCACAUUUGAAAGAACAUUUGAGAGUGCACACUGAAGAAAAACCGUAUAAGUGUGAACUGUGUUGUAAGCAGUUUAACUACGCAAAUAGUUUACAAAAUCAUUUGAGAGUACAUACUGGAGAGAAACCUCACAAGUGUGACAUUUGUUUUAAACAAUUUAGUGAGGCAUCUCAUUUGAAGAGACAUUUGAGAAUACACGCUGGAGAAAAACUGUACAAGUGUGAAAUUUGUUUUAAGCGGUUUAUUACUAAAGGUCAGUUAAAAAUCCAUUUGAGAACACACACUGGAGAAAAACCGUACAAGUGUGAAAUUUGUUUUAAGCAGUUUAACCAAGCAGGUUAUUUAAAACAACAUGUGAGAGUACACACUGGAGAAAAACUUCACGAGUGUGAAAUUUGUUUUAAGCAGUUUAGUCAAGCAUGUCACUUGAAAACACAUUUGAAAGUUCACACUGGAGAAAAACCAUACAAGUGUGAAAUUUGUUGUAAGCAGUUUGCUCUGGCAAUUACAUUACAAAAUCAUUUGAGAGUACACACUGGAGAAAAACCUCACAAAUGUGACAUUUGCUUCAAGCAAUUUAGUGUAGCAUAUAAUUUGAGAAUACAUUUGAGAAUACACACUGGAGAAACACCUUACAAGUGUGAAAUUUGUUUUAAGCAGUUUACCGAUAAAAGUAAUUUGAAUUCACAUUUGAGAGUGCAUGCUUUAGAAAAACAGUACAAGUGUGAAAUUUGUUUAAAGCAGUUAAGCUCACCAAAUUAUUUAAAACAACAUUUGAGAAUGCACACUGAAGAAAAAUCUCACAAAUGUGAAAUUUGUUUUAAACAGUUUAGUCAAGCAUGGCAAUUGAAAACACAUUUGAGGGUGCACACCGAAGAAAAACUGUACAAGUACAAGUGUGAAAUUUGUUGUAAGCAAUUUAACCAAACAAGUAGUUUAAAAACACAUUUGAGAGUGCACACUGGAGAAAAACCUCACAAGUGUGACAUUUGCUUCAGGCAAUUUAGUCAAGCAUGUAAUUUGAAAGCACAUUUGAUAAUACACACUGGAGAAACACCUUACAAGUGUGAAGUUGAUUUUACUCAGUUUACCGAUAAAAGUAAUUUGAAAACACAUUUGAGAGUGCACCCUUUAGAAAAACCGUACAAGUGUGAAAUUUGUUGUAAGCAGUUUAACCAAGCAACUAGUUUAAAAAGACAUUUGAGAGUACACACUGGAGAAAAACCUCACAAGUGUGACAUUUGCUUUAAGCAAUUUAGUCAAGCAUGUAAUUUGAAAACACAUUUGAGAAUACACACUGGAGAAACACCUUACAAGUGUGAAAUUUGUUUUAAGCAGUUUACCGAUGAAAGUAGUUUGAAACCACAUUUGAGAGGGCACGCUUUAGAAAAACCGUACAAGUGUGAAAUUUGUUUAAAGCAGUUUAGCCAAUCAAGUAGUUUAAAAACACAUUUGAGAAUACACACUGGAGAAAAACUUCACAAGUGUGACAUUUGCUCUAAGCAAUUUAGUCAAGCAUGUAAUUUGAAAACACAUUUGAGAAUACACACUGGCGAAACACUUUACAAGUGUGAAAUUUGUUUUAAGCAAUUUACCGAUAAAAGUAGUUUGAAAACACAUUUGCCAACGCACACUGGAGAAAGACCUCAUAAAUGUGAAAUUUGUUGCAAGCAGUUUAACCAAGCAAGUGAUUUGAAAAGACAUUUGAGAGUGCACACUGGAGAAAAACCUCACAAGUGUGACAUUUGUUUUAAGCAAUUUAGUCAAGCAUGUAAUUUGAAAAAACAUUUGAAAAUACACACUGGAGAAACACCUCCAUCAUCAUCAUCAGUGGCGUUAGAGCUCUUUAUGAGCCAAAGCCUGCUUCAGAACAAUCCUUCAUUCGCCUCUGUCUCUGGCAACUCUUAAUGUUUGGUUGAUAAAUAAAACAUUCGAAGAAAAAAGUUACUGUUCAGCAGCAUUCCUCGAUGUUAGGUAGGCUUUUGAUAAACUUUGGCAUCAAGGACUUUUGUAUAAAGUGAAAAAGAACUUACCAGAGGAAUUAUAUACACUCCUGAAAUCGUAUUUAUCAGAAAGAUAUUUUCGAGUGAAGUUUGAGCCAACCUAUACAAAACUAUAUCCCAUAAGAUCAGGGGUACCGCAAGGAAGCGUUCUGGGACCACAACUGUGUCUGGUUUACACAACCGACUUAGCCACAAAUCGUGAUACAACAACCACCACCUUUGCGGACGAUACUGCAGUCCUAGCAGUACACAAAAAUCAAAUAAAUACAUGGGGACAAAAUUGGAGAAUUAAUUUAAAUGAACAAAAAUCAAACCAUAUUGUUUUUUCAAAAUGUCACAGUGAAUCACUUACAGUAACAAUAAAUAAUACGGUAAUUCCCUUAGUUACCUCUGUAAAAUAUCAGGGUGUGCACAUGGACAGGGGAUUAACCUGGAGAACCCAUAUAUGGAACAAACGGAAACAACUGAGCAUAAAAUUCAGUAAACUUCUAGGGCGGAAGUCUAAGCUCACAACAAGAAAUAAACUGCUAGUCUACAACUCAAUAUUCAAAUCAGUCUGGGCGUAUGGUCUGCAGCUCUGGGGAACAGCAUCCAAGUCGAGUGUAUCCAUAAUAAUUGAGAGAUUCCAGUCCAAGGUGUUACGUUCAAUAAUAAUCGAUGCUCCGUGGUUUGUUACUAACAGGGAUAUUUACAAUGAUCUGGAAACGAAAACCGUCAGUGAAGUGAUAGUGGUGUUAAGUGCAAAAUAAGUCGUACGUCUUGAAAGCCACGCAAAUGUGCUUGCAAUUAAUUUGUUAGACAACAGUCAGGAAACAAAACGGUUAAAAAGACUGACACCAUUAGAUUUACCGCACAGACAUUAAUAUUGUUACAAUAGCUAAGUUAAUAUUUGUACAGUUGAGUCUGCGAGUCUUUACCCGUGCGUCAUCAUUUAAAGCAUACGAAAUAAGUCGGAAAUUUACUAAACGCAACAGUAGAAGUGACAGAAAGUGGGUAUUAUUCCGAUCACGGGUUAUAGUAUAAAAUUUGACGUUAUCAAAUAAAUAGAAUGUCAAAUUUAAGUUUUGAUUUAAAAUUUUGGUGCAUAAUUACAGCUACAUUUGAAGUAGCUUAAUAGAUUCUUUUAUUAUCAUUGAUUAAUAAAUAAAUAAACAAUUUAUAAAAAAAUUCAAUAACAUAUUUUCUUUUUGCUAUUUUAUUCACUUUGGUGGAACAAUAAACACAAGCAUGUGUCAACAAUGAGGUUAUUUGUAGGUUGUCAAAAUUUAUCGUAAAAUAACAAACUUAUCAUAAAAUUUUUAACUCCAAUAUAAAAUUAGUUGUGAAAACAACUGUUGAACUGUUUGUAUACUAUAAAAAACUUCAAAAUGCAAAAA